CCGGCUGGUUUGAUUGUGCUCUCUCGCGCGGCCCGCUCGCUCGUGCUCCCGCUCUCGUCAGGUACGUGUGUCCAGGUUACUCGCACGCGACGCCCCGACACGUCACGGUCUGUCCUCCGCGUCUUUUUAUCCUUCCGCUUGUCCGUCGCCGGCGAGACGGAGGCGCGCGCGCGCGCGCGCCCGCUCGACUUUUCCCCGAGGACGGCGAAGGCGCGCUCGGGUUUUCUCUGUCGUCUCGAGGGCUCGCCGAGGCGAAGUUUCGAGCACGAGUGAGCGCGAGACCAAGUGAAACGGGGAGUGAGGGAGACGGCCCGACAGCGCCGAAAGCGGCAGGAGAGAAAGAGAGAGGGAGAGAGAGAAGGCAUUCUCUCGAAAAAAGGGAAAACGGAACAGGGUGAGAGUCGUCCAGCAGAAUGAGAGAAAUCGCCAGAUACCGAUCGAGCAGGGAUCCGUCGGCCCUUCGCACGAGAGAUGGUUUUUAGAAGGAAGAGGGCAUGACGCACCGAACUCAUGCAGUGGCGAAAACACGUGCGCAUCAAGUACGGUGGUCGAGUCGGUGUCGGUCAAGGACAGCGGGAGCGGGAGCAGGUGCAGCUGCAGGUGCGCGUGGUGCAGCUGCAGCGGGAAGGGGGCGCACGACUCAGCUACGUCUGUCAUCAGCCUCAACUCUCGUCGACGGCUCGCCGCAGCUGCAGCGCAGCAGCCAUGCUCUGCUGCGGCCGCAGAAAGAGGACCUCGGAAAUGCGACAACGAUUAUUUGGAACAACUGUUCUCUGUGAAUUCCGCACAAACGCAAAAGGAGCUUGCACAACAGUUGGGAAUAAACGCAAUAAACCAUUUCCAAACGCCCACAUGAGAUGGGAAGAAUUCAGAAAGAAAGAAGGUCGGUUCCGCAUGAACUCAACAAAGCCAACACGAAUCAACGAGUGGCAG